CCCAGGUUCCGGCUCCCGCUUCCUGCCCGGAGCCUGUUGAAGGGCGCAAGUCGCUCGAUCUCCAUGCUUAAUGGACCACCCCUCUCGUCAUGGCCCGAGAAGCUAGUUUGUCUUCUUGGUCUUGAUGCCUGGCGCGCCCAGCCUCCACAGCUCGACUACUUUCAGAGUUCUAGGAAGCUUGCCCCGCCCCCUGGGUUGUCACCCUCGGCUGUCUACCCAGAAUGGAGUCCAGACUUGAGCCUUACUCCAAACUCUUGGGUGAGAUCGAGUUGGGGAUGCACUCAUAAUGAAUGUCAACCAGUCAGCUCCACCUCUGCCGCCAUUUGGGCAAUCCCAGCCUGUCUACCCAGGGUAUCAUCCAUCCAGUUAUGGUGGGCAACCAGGAUCCACAGCCCCCCCAACUCCCUAUGGAGCCUACAAUGGCCCAGUACCAGGCUGUCAGCAAACACCUCCCCCAGGUGUGUCAAGAGCCCCGCCUUCUUCAGAGGCACCUCCAGCCUCAACAGCACAGGCCCCUUCUGGCCAGGCUGCAUAUGGCCAGUUUGGCCAAGGAGAUGUACAGAAUGGGCCAAGCUCCACUGUUCAGAUGCAGAGGUUCCCUGGGUCUCAGCCCUUUGGAUCAGUACCACUGGCCCCUGUGGUCAGCCAGCCAACUGUGCUUCAGCCCUAUGGCCCUCCCCCAACGAGUGCACAGGUGACCGCCCAGCUGGCUGGAAUGCAGAUCAGUGGUGCUGUGGCCCCAGCCCUUCCCCCAGUGGGGCUGGGCUAUGGCCCACCAACAUCGCUGGCCUCAGCCUCAGGAAGUUUCCCCAACUCUGGUCUGUAUGGCUCCUAUCCUCAGGGCCAGGCUCCUCCCCUUAGCCAGGCCCAGGGUCAUCUUGGGGCCCAGCCUCCCCAGCGAUCUGCCCCACCACAGGCCUCCAGCUUCACAUCUCCAGCUUCAGGGGGUCCUCGGAUGCCUUCGAUGACUGGUCCACUCCUGUCUGGACAGGGUUUUGGGGGGCCCUCCUUGAGCCAGCCCAACCAUGUGUCCUCACCUCCUCCUCAAGCUCUGCCCCCUGGCACUCAAAUGACUGGGCCCCCAGGACCACCGCCACCUAUGCACUCCUCCCAGCAGCCAGGCUAUCAGCUGCAACAAAAUGGUUCCUUUGGACCAGCCCGGGGCCCUCAGCCCAAUUAUGGAAGUUCCUACCCAGGAGCACCCACCUUUGGCAGUCAGCCUGGGCCUCCUCAACCACUGCCUCCUAAGCGCCUGGAUCCUGAUGCCAUCCCCAGCCCUCAACUCAAUGAGCUGCCUCCUCAGCAGAAAACCAGGCACAGAAUAGACCCUGAUGCCAUUCCUAGUCCAAUUCAGGUUAUUGAGGAUGACAGGAACAACCGGGGUUCAGAGCCAUUUGUUACUGGAGUACGGGGACAGGUGCCACCCUUAGUCACCACCAACUUCCUGGUGAAAGACCAAGGGAAUGCAAGUCCCCGAUAUAUCCGAUGCACAUCCUAUAACAUCCCUUGCACAUCUGACAUGGCUAAGCAGGCUCAGGUGCCCUUGGCGGCUGUCAUCAAGCCACUGGCAAGGCUGCCACCAGAGGAGGCUUCACCGUAUGUCGUGGACCAUGGGGAAUCUGGCCCUUUGCGCUGCAACCGCUGCAAAGCAUAUAUGUGUCCCUUCAUGCAGUUCGUUGAGGGAGGGAGGCGCUUCCAGUGCUGCUUUUGCAGUUGUAUCAAUGAUGUUCCCCCCCAGUAUUUUCAACAUCUGGAUCAUACCGGCAAACGUGUGGAUGCUUAUGACCGUCCUGAGCUAUCCCUGGGCUCUUAUGAAUUCUUGGCCACUGUAGAUUACUGCAAGAACAAUAAGUUCCCCAGCCCUCCUGCCUUCAUCUUCAUGAUUGAUGUCUCCUACAAUGCCAUCAGGAGUGGUCUUGUUAGGCUCCUCUGUGAGGAGCUCAAGUCACUGUUAGACUUUCUACCUAGGGAGGGCGGAGCAGAAGAGUCAGCAAUCCGAGUUGGCUUCGUCACCUAUAAUAAGGUGCUCCACUUCUACAAUGUGAAGAGCUCAUUGGCCCAGCCACAGAUGAUGGUUGUAUCUGAUGUGGCUGACAUGUUUGUGCCACUGCUGGAUGGCUUCCUUGUCAAUGUCAGUGAGUCUCGGGCAGUCAUCACCAGCUUAUUGGAUCAGAUUCCUGAAAUGUUUGCAGACACAAGGGAGACAGAGACAGUAUUUGCCCCAGUUAUCCAGGCUGGCAUGGAGGCUCUAAAGGCUGCUGAGUGUGCAGGGAAGCUGUUUCUGUUCCAUACCUCCCUGCCCAUUGCAGAGGCCCCAGGGAAACUGAAGAACAGAGACGAUAGGAAAUUGAUCAACACAGACAAAGAGAAGACUCUGUUCCAGCCUCAGACAGGUGCCUAUCAGACCCUGGCCAAAGAGUGUGUGGCCCAAGGCUGCUGUGUAGAUCUCUUUCUCUUCCCUAACCAGUAUGUGGAUGUGGCCACGCUCUCUGUUGUACCCCAGCUCACGGGUGGUUCUGUCUACAAAUACGCUUGCUUUCAGGUGGAGAACGACCAGGAACGGUUCCUGAGUGACCUGCGUCGGGAUGUACAGAAGGUUGUUGGCUUUGAUGCUGUGAUGCGCGUUCGGACAAGCACUGGUAUUCGUGCUGUAGAUUUCUUCGGGGCUUUCUACAUGAGCAAUACAACAGAUGUGGAGCUGGCUGGGCUAGAUGGGGACAAGACGGUGACUGUGGAGUUCAAGCAUGACGACCGGCUCAAUGAAGAGAGUGGAGCCCUCCUGCAGUGUGCCCUGCUCUACACCAGCUGUGCUGGGCAGCGACGGCUCCGCAUCCACAAUCUGGCCCUGAACUGCUGCACGCAGCUGGCUGAUCUGUAUCGAAACUGUGAGACUGACACGCUCAUCAACUACAUGGCCAAGUUUGCAUACCGGGGGGUCCUCAAUAGCCCCGUGAAGACUGUUCGUGAUACUCUCAUCACUCAGUGUGCCCAGAUCCUGGCCUGUUAUAGAAAGAACUGUGCCAGCCCCUCCUCGGCGGGACAGUUGAUCCUUCCUGAGUGCAUGAAGCUACUCCCAGUUUACCUGAACUGUGUGUUGAAGAGUGAUGUUCUGCAGCCUGGAGCUGAAGUCACUACUGAUGACCGUGCCUAUGUCCGACAGCUGGUUACUUCCAUGGAUGUGGCUGAGACCAAUGUCUUCUUUUAUCCUCGGCUUCUACCAUUGACAAAGUCUCCCAUUGAGAGUGCCACUGAACCACCAGCAGUUCGAGCAUCUGAAGAACGUCUAAGCAAUGGGGAUAUAUAUUUGCUGGAGAACGGGCUCAACCUCUUCCUGUGGGUGGGAGCAAGUGUCCAACAGGGUGUUGUCCAGAGCCUCUUCAGUGUCUCGUCCUUCAGUCAGAUCACCAGUGGCUUGAGUGUUCUGCCAGUUCUGGAUAAUCCGCUGUCCAAGAAGGUGCGAGGCCUCAUUGAUAGCUUAAGGGCACAGAGAUCACGGUACAUGAAGCUUAUCGUGGUGAAACAGGAAGACAAGCUGGAGAUGCUGUUCAAGCACUUCCUGGUGGAAGACAAGAGCUUGAGCGGGGGAGCAUCCUAUGUGGACUUUCUCUGUCAUAUGCACAAGGAAAUUCGGCAGCUACUGAGCUAGAGCAAGUGGGUAAAUGGCAUAGGGUGCCAGGCCAGCUUCCAGAAAGUACUCCAGGAUGGCAGAGAAAUUGGAUAUCUAAGUCCAUAUCUAAGUCAUGUAAGCUGACCUCAAUCUCUUUGGGGGGAGGGGGAAGUAUAAGGAGACACCUUUCUGGGAUCAAGUAUCCAACCACUCUGUCAUGUCCUGCUGAUGGAAGGUGCCCCUAUCUCCUCGCAUUACUCUCCUUUUCCUGCUAAUCCUGUCGUAAUGAAUGUAGUUUCUCAGUUCACUGUAUAUGAUUCGGUGUUGGGGGAUUUGGAGGCACCCAGACUCUGGCAAUAUUAUGUGUCCCCUUGGACCAGCCUCCAAGAAGAGAGGGGCAGGCAGGAAGGAGUGGGAAUCCCAGGGUUACUAUGUGGGGGGGCGGGGACUAAUUCAGCUCAGUGUCAUCAACAACUUCCUAUAUUAGGGAUGAAACAUACAGGUGCACAAGAGCUGGGGUAUACAGUGGAGAGAGAAGUGGCUGGUCAUUCCUUCUUGGGCCUGGAAGUUGGCAACCAAGUCAGAGUUAGGGAGAGUGGUUGAUUAGCUUUUCUCUCUCUCCUGCAAUGAUGAUCACUCAGUGGAUAGAGGCACAUUGUCCCGAGAUGAAUGAGCCUGGGAAAUGAGUUGCAAAGCAUAUUAAGACAUGGGAGAGGUACCAGCCUCUUUUCCAGCUGGAGAGGCUCCAACACUGGAUGGUUCUGUAGAGAGCCUGGUCAUCAACUUGCAAUACCUCACAGAGCCAGCCCCUAUCCCACUCUGAGUUCCCCCUGGAAACACUGCUUCUCCAAGCGGGAGUUGUUGGGGAGAGAGUCAGUGGCUGCUGGAGCUCUGUUCUCUCCUGCCGGGACACCACUCCAGCUUUGGUAUUGACAGAGUGGCUGAUAGAUACCUUCCAACCUGAACUGACUGGGGCAGGACAAGGGCUAGGCUUGAUGGUGGCCAGGCUUGUCUGCUCCCAACCUGGGAUGCCCCUGCUCUGGACCUCUCAUUUCUCCUCAUUGGUUUAUUUUUCAAUGCAUCUUUAAUUUGUAAAGAAAUAAAAUAAAUUAAGAUGUAACAA